UUCUUGUCGUCGCGUGUGAAAGAUCAGCUUCCGCCUGGCAGCGGUCCUUCCGGUUUGGACGCCAUUAACAAAACGCAGACAUGGCCAUCAGGUAUCCUAUGGCGGUUGGUCUUAAUAAAGGCCAUCCAGUGACCAAAAACGUUGCUAAACCCAAGCACGGCCGCAGGCGAGGACGUCUGACCAAACACACCAAGUUUGUGCGCGACAUGAUCCGCGAGGUGUGCGGUUUCGCGCCGUACGAGAGGCGUGCUAUGGAGCUGCUCAAGGUGUCCAAGGAUAAACGUGCCCUCAAGUUCAUCAAGAAAAGGGUGGGAACUCACAUCCGCGCCAAGAGAAAGAGGGAAGAGCUCAGCAACAUUCUGGCCGCGAUGAGGAAAGCUGCUGCCAAGAAGGAGUAGCCGGUGUAAUGACAAAUAAAUUUGUAUGUGUAAAAACAA